ACAAGAAGCGGAAGUAUGAGUUGGGGCCCCCACCGCAUCCACACAGUCCGUGUGCGGGGUGGUAACAAGAAAUACGGUAUCCUGAGGCCGGACGUGGGGUGUUUCUCCUGUGGCUCAGAGUGCUGUACUCGCAAAACGGGGAUCAUCGAUGUUGUCUGUAAUGCGUCUAAUAACGAGCUGGUCCGUACCAAGACCCUGGUGAAGAAUUGCAUCGUGCUCAUCGACAGCACGCCUUACCGACAGAGGUACGAGCCCCACUAUGCGCCGCCCCUGGGCCGCAAGAAGGGAGCCAAGCUGACUCCUGAGGAAGAAGAGAUUUUAAACAACAAAGAUCUAAAAAGAUUUCAGAAGAAAUACGACGCCAGGAAAAAGAAUGCCAAAAUCAGCAGUCUCCUGGAGGAGCAGUUCCAGCAGGGCGAGCUUCUUGCAUGCAUCGCUUAGUGUGGCCCAGCAGAUGGCUAUGUGCUAGAGGGCAAAGAGUUGGAGUCCUAUCUUAGGAAAAUCAAGGCCUGGAAAGGCAAAUAAAUCCUUGUUUUCUGUCUUCACCCAUGUAA